ACAACCCGUCCAAAAGGUACUCCAACUUUUCCCCUCACCGCGCCGAUGGAAUCAGACGCCGAGGAGGAGGCCGCGGCGACCCCGGCGGCGGCGGCGGGGCCGGCCGCGGGGCGACUGAAGGGAAGCCCGGAGCUGACUGUGGACGCGGACAUGCAAGAGAUGGCUAAGGCGGCCGCGUGGAGCGUCAGCUCCUACAAGGCCGGCAACGGCGUCGCGGCCCUCCGCGACGACAACCUAGACACCUACUGGCAGUCGGACGGCGCGCAGCCACACCUGGUGAACAUCCAGUUCCAGAAGAAGGUGCAGCUGCAGCUUGUUGUGCUCUACGUGGACUUCAAGCUCGACGAGAGCUACACGCCGAGCAAGAUCUCCAUCCGGGCCGGGGAUGGCUUCCACAACCUCAAGGAAAUUAAAACUGUGGAGCUUGCAAAGCCAGUUGGUUGGGUCCAUAUAUCAUUAUCUGGGGCUGAUCCACGAGAAACAUUCAUUCAUACAUUUAUGCUCCAAAUUGCGAUUUUGUCCAAUCACCUAAACGGGCGGGACACUCAUAUCCGACAGAUCAAGAUCUAUGGGCCAAGACCGAAUCCUGUUCCCCACCAGCCAUUUCAUUUUACUUCCAGGGAGUUCAUCACAUACUCCACCAUUAGAUGACAAUCAACAAACCAAGUCGUCAGGAGUCCUCCAUGCUGGAGUUGCCUGCUGAAGAUUGGAGAGAGCUUAUGCAGUUCAGAGUUUAGGUUUGCAAUUGCAAGCUUUGAUCAGUCCAGGCGGGAUUCAACACUUGAAGCAUCUGUCGAAGCCCUAGUUGCCCCUUCAAGCCUCAAACUGGAGAGCUGACAUUUUUUGUACGAAUUAACAAUGUGUAUCCAUGAAUGUAUAACAUUAUUCACCUUCAUGUGCAUGAGAGCUUCUCUGGGAGAAUAUUGUCCUGGGAACUCCGUUGCACUUUUUUUUAAAAAACUAUUUCUGACACUUACCUGGUUCAUUUGAUAUAGAUUAUGAUGAUCUUCUUUUUAAGCGAAA